AUCAAACAAAAGGUGGAGAAGUUUGCCAGAUAUACGGAUUUCUUUCCCUCAGCUUUCUCUCAGCCGAACUGGGUUUCUUUUCACGUAUCGGUCCAUUUCCGACUCCUGAUUUUUGUUGUGGCUGGCUUCUCGACAUUUUGGGAGUUGGGACUAUCCUCAUAUCUGAGUUCUCUUCUGGGUUCUGGCCUCGUGGGUCUUCUAAUCUACCUUGUUUGUAGCCCUGUGAUUCAGAUUGUGAGUUCUGGGUUGGCGAGAGAUGUUUCCUGGUCUGAUCCAACCCCACGAAGCGGUUGUUCCACAGGAAGAGAUUCAGGGCUCGAAUCACCGAGGGGACCCUUGCUUGGUCCUGACUUCGGAUCCUAAACCACGGCUGCGAUGGACUGCUGACCUCCACGAACGUUUCGUUGAUGCCGUCACUCAGCUCGGAGGGGCCGAUAAAGCAACUCCAAAGUCUAUCAUGCGGACAAUGGGCGUCAAGGGACUAACACUUUUUCAUCUGAAGAGUCACCUCCAGAAAUACAGACUAGGUAAGCAAUCAGGGAAGGAUUUGACUGAGCCGUCCAAAGAUGGAACCCCAGCUUCAUACCUUUUGGAAAGCCCACACAACGGUACCUCCUCUCCUGGCAUGUCUGCUUCUGAUUUAAAUGAGGGUUAUGAAGUUAAGGAAGCACUAAGAGCCCAAAUGGAAGUGCAAAGGAAACUGCAUCUGCAAGUUGAGGCUGAAAAGCAUUUGCAGAUAUGCAAGGAUGCAGAAAGAAGAUACGUGGAAUCUAUGCUUGAAAGAGCAUGCAAGUUGCUUGCUGGCCAAACCAUCAGCUGUCUGGUUCCUGAUGCAGAAGGGCAUGAGCUUCCAGGAUCAGCACCAAAGGCUUCUAGAACAAGCUCUUCUCAUGAACCUACAAGGUUCUAUUCUUUACGUCCGGCUGAGGCAAUUAGAGUGCAAGUCCCUGAAGAAGAGCCUCCUAAUCUGCAGCCCCCUAGAGCUGAUUGUUCCACUGAAAGCUGCCUGACUACAAAUGGAAGCCCUGCAGGAUUGUCUUUAGAGAGUUCUCCAGCAGGAUGUAAGAAAAGGGUGCGGAGCUUGGACACAACAGAUGCUCUAAUUUGGAGUGAGGCUUCAACAAGAACCCAAGACAUUGAUGCAACUCGCAUUGAUCCUCAUGUGAUUACUGGGUAUGGCAGACUUGGAGAAAUAUGAGAAAUGGUGCCUUUUUGUUCUCUGCUUUUUUUAGCACUUGAGCACUUAAAAUUAAAAUAGUCUAAUAAUGGCUAGCUGCUCUGAUAUGUAAAAUGCUGGGUAGAGAAGGGGAUUAAAUAUUUAAAUUGUGCCAAGCUGUAAAUUUGUAGCUUCUAAUCACUCAAAUAUCAAAUUGUUAAAUUCUCUUUAAUGCCUAAUUAAUUUUGCGACAUUGUUCUUAA